AUGGCUUCCGAGCCAAACUCCCAUUCUCAACUUGAGGGACCAACAAAUGAACGAACACCUAAUUCCAACAUAAUCAUGUUGAAAGCAGCUAUAAGAGAAAUAGAAGAUCUUAAGAUUACUCACCAGCAUUUCAGAGACAUUACCGACAAAAGAGUCAAGGUUUUGAAUGCCGAAAAUAUCCUGUUUCAACAGGAUAAUCAACAAAUCAAAGCUGAGAUGGACAACCUGAAAAAACAAAUUGUUGCACUCAACAAGGCAGGAGGGGUUUACUGUGUAGAAUGCGAGGAAAGUGGAGGAGAGGAAGAAAAUAAUGAGUCAGAUAUUAGUGGUGAUAGGGAACAUAUGGAGGAUGUGCUCACCUCAAUUCAAAUCUCCCUCAACAACAUCAAUCCUGUGACUAUUGCACUCGAAACACUCACUCCCCACCAACGAGAGGCUUUGAGCUUUGAAGCGGCUGACUCAAAGCCUGUGAAAGAUGCUAUAAAUGAAGUAUUUAUGAGAAAACUUGGUGUUGAUAAACUCAAAGUGAAGCACUUACCAGAUUACCUGUUGUCAAUUGAUCCCAGUCAAUGUCCGAAAGACACUGCCACUCAAAAAAUAUCACAUUGUUAUAACUGGAAAUUAUCAGCUGACGACAAAGCAAAUAGCAAAAAUUUAGUAGAAAUUCAACAAUGGGUCAUACUUAAUGCACCAGUAGAAAUACCACCAGUUGUAGGGAUGCUUCAGCUUGUGCUACCAAAGAACCUGAAGCAUCAAAUUUGUGUGAAAUUCCAAUAUAUGGCAAGGCAGGACCUAUCUGACACUCAAGAAGAGAACCUUGUAAGCAUGUCAGUGUCCAAAGCACACAGAGACUCUUGUGCACAGUCUAAACUCAACCAACAAAUUUGCAAACAGCCAUUUUCUACUUACACCGACAAGAAAUUUAAUGCCGCAUUUAUCCUAAAUGCUAUGUCUGACGAUGAGGACAAUCCGGACUAUCGGCCAACGUCAGAUGAGGUUAGGACAUUCAUUAGUAGAGCCCCAGAUUAUUGGAGUGAAAUACUUCAAACAAUAUAUGACAACCUUGAGAAAAUCCCAGAUCCAAAGCCGAGCAAAGAAAAAGCCAUGACACUGCAUGUUCAUGGCCCCAUCAUCAACAACUAUCCACUUCCUUUCACAAAACUCCUCAAACAUUGGCUCUGUGCGUGGCAGAUUAAGCCAAAACUACUGGCCUUGGCUGAAUAUAGCAAUAUUCUUGGUUCUUCAAGGCUUGCUUACAGUGGUACAGCGUGGGGUGAUGAAGAAAAUCCAAUUGAUGAUGGGUUGAAUGGGGUUGUGCACCGCAAACAAAAACAAUCAGCCAAAGAUGGCGACAAGAUUUUUAUACGAAUUGAACGAGUUCCAAAAGAAGACAUCAGUACAAAAGCACAGAAUAGCCUUGAUGAGAUACUAGGAAAGACUCACUAA